AUGAGUGUCAGUGGCGAUGAAAAAGAAGUCCCAUAUAAUGAUGAGGCCCCCGCUCGCAGGAAAUCACCUGGAGGCCUAGCUGGCCUAACCGGAAUGCUAUCUAAGAAGAUGAAAUCAUCCAAAUCGAACAAAUCCCACAGUUCCUUUGACAGUGAAGACUCCUCGGUUCCACCUCCUCCCAAGUCCGGAUAUCAUGCACCUUCUGAAGGAGCUAAAUCCGACGAGAGCUCCUCUGAAGAUGACUCUGUCCCAGAUGGACGACAAGGAUACUACCAACCUACCCCAAAAACACCUAAAGAGAAAAAAGAAUGGCUUCCGAAGUUUGGCAAGAAAUCGAGAAGUGUAAACAUGGCAGGGGAUAUUGAGGGUGCUGAUGACAAAGAUACACCGAGUGAAGCUUUCUCUGAGUCAACGCCGGUGCCCCCCACCGAGUGGAUGAACGAAAAAGUGGCAAUGGUACUGGCCAUUGUGGUAUUGAUUAUGUUUGCUGUGCUGAUUGCUGUUGUGGCCUUGGCCAUAGAGGAUUCCCUUGAGCCUCCCACAUCGGCACCCACAAUUCCCCGCUCGAUUGCUCCUACAUUCAUGCCUUCUCGAAUGCCAUCAGUAGCACCCACGGUAACACAGAGGGAUCCAAUUCCAUCGUAUGCAUCUUACUUUGGUGACUUUCGAAGUUCAGUACAGAGCAACCGCCGACAAGGCUACCUAUCGAGUCUGGAUGACGAUUCGCCACAAGUUCAGGCAUAUAAUUGGGUCACUCGAAGCGGUUCCAAUUGUUGCUCGUUUCCACAAUUAUCUCCGUUAUUCUUGUUUGAGCGCUACAUUGUGAUUACGAUACUCUUUGGAACGCAAGAUGGAUAUCCAUGGCCAGACAAUUGGAGAGAAGAAUGGAAAGAAAGUUCAGUGUGUGAUUGGAGAACACCUCUGGGGAUUGGGGUAUUUUGUGACAAUGGGGGUCUGAUUCGCGAAUUGAGUCUUCGAAACCUGUAUGUUGGCGAAGAAUUUCCACCGGAAAUUGGAUUGCUUUCGAAUUUGCAGAUUCUGAGUCUAGCAUCCUGGAAUGGUCAUGGUUUCACAAUUCCGAUGGAAGUCGGAAGACUGGAAAACUUGGAGUUCCUCAAGAUUUCAUCGACUCAAAAUCUACAAGGUACCCUCCCUAGCGAAGUGGGGAAACUCACCAAGCUGACAAUUCUUAGUCUCCGAGACAACCAUUUGGAUGGGACCCUACCAUCUGAAGUGGGAAAUUUGACCAUACUACGGACGUUACAAUUAGAUAACAACAGCUUUACAGGUACUAUACCCGACGAUAUUGGCCGAUUAGGGACCUUGCAAAAUCUAGUAUUGAGUAAUAAUGAAUUUGAUUCAAGCAUUCCAGCCGAGGUGAAUCAAUUGACGACGUUAGAAGAAUUGCGACUGGAUGAGAACAUGUUCUCGGGAACGAUUCCAAACAAUCUUUCCAGUUUGACGGGUCUGAGAUGGCUGAAUCUAGAAUCCAAUGUCGACGCGAAUGGAAAUAUCUUGUUAGAGGGAAACUUGAAUGCUUUGUGCGAUGCAGGCGGGGGUCAACUACAACUGCGCUUCAAGGCUGAUUGCAACAGCAACAAGAUAACCUGCUAUUGUUGCUUUUGCUUCGGGUGA